UAAUUUAUUUAUAUUUUUUUUAUGUUUUCAUGAUGGCGAGUAUUGUUAGACCGGUUGUAAAUAUAAAAAAUAAUAUGUCAAUGUUUACACGCAAUUCACAAUUAAUAUUACGUCGUUUGACAUUUAAUCCAUUGACUAGACAAUGUAAAUAUAAUUCUCAAAGCAGUGAAGCUGCACAGAGUAUUCAAGAACAAAAUGACCCAGCUCCAUAUUUUUUCAACAAUGAAAUACAAAAUAUACUUAGGACAAUAACAAGACCAGAUCCAAAAAAAGUAUUUAGAACUCGUAAAGAUGGUACUAAAAUAUAUGAUCCAGAGUAUAAAUUUAUGACUGACGAACAACUUGAAAAAGCAAGAAAAAAGUCAGCAGAAAAAUGUUAUGAAAAGUUACAAAUGCCACCAGUUUUAAAGCAACGUCCUGAUAUUGAUCGUGUAUUUUCAAAAGAUCCAGAAUUACAGGGUCAUGAUGAGUGUCGUUAUGUAUUUACUGAUAUAACAUUUGGUAUUAAUGAUUCAGACAGACUCAUUGUCGUUCGUGAUACUGAUGGUAAAUUAAGAGAAGCUGAUUGGAAUGAAAGAUUUCGAAUGAAUCAAAUUUAUUUUCCAACUGAAGGAAGAGAAAUUGCAACACCAAAAAUGUUCCAACAAGAAAACUUGGAUGUAAUAAUUAAAAAAGAAGAAUACGAAUAUAUACUUGAUCGUGCUUGUAUUCAAUUUGAGCCAAAUGAUCCGGAAUAUUUACGUGUUACAGGCUCAGUUUAUGAUGCUAUUAAUAAUGAAAAACACUUUGAUAAAUUAUUGUCAACAAGACACUAUGGUCCACUUGUAUUUAAUUUAGUAUGGAAAAAAAAUAUUGACUCGUUGUUGUAUGAUUAUAUACAAAAGGGUAACAUUGAUGAUGCCAACUUACUUGUUAAAUUGUAUCAUAGAGUUCAUCCAUCAUCGAAAUCAGCUGAAGUUGUUGGUAAUAAUGAUGAUCCACUUGGUGUUAUACAAUCAUUUAUUGAAUUGGAUUCAUCAAUGAGAGGAAAAUUACAAGCUAUACUUGAAUCAUACAAAGAAAUUGUCAUUUCUCAGAAGAAAUUACAAGAAGGUAUUGAUAAAGCACAUGGUAGAGAAUGA